CACUGUCUGUUAUAACGACAGUUAACGCUUGAAAUCAUUUCCAUCUUUCAGUCUUUCCCUUCCAACUCUCAUGACCUUCUGAGCUAACACACACACACAGAAAUCUCACUCGAAAAAUUCUUCUCAAUUUCUAGGGUUUCACCUCGCAAUCACUCUGCUGUGCUUUUUCCGCGUGUAAUGUAAUGGUUACUACGGACGUGAGUUAGGUUUGGAGAUGGCGGACGAGGGAUCGGAGAGGGAGUACGGCGGAUUAGGCUCUCUCGACUCGAUCGAGUCGCGCUGGGUGUUCCAGGACGAGGAGGAUGAGUCGGAGAUCUAUAAUGACGGCACGGAUGCGGGCGAGAGCGGGGACGAGUCGCUGCCGCGGAAUGGGAUGUACUCCGAAGACGACGAGGAUAAUGCUGAGCAGAGGCUGAUUAGGACUGGUCCGAGGAUUGAUUCCUUCGAUGUUGAGGCUCUUGAGGUCCCUGGCGCUCAGAGGAGUGACUUUGAGGAUGCUACUUUAGUGAGGAAAAUUGCAUUGGCCUUCCAGACGCUUGGAGUUGUGUUUGGUGAUGUGGGGACGAGUCCGUUGUAUACUUUUAGUGUGAUGUUUAGUAAAGCCCCUAUUACUGGGGAUGAAGAUGUUCUUGGGGCGCUUUCAAUGGUCCUGUAUACGUUGUUUCUGUUUCCAUUGGUUAAGUAUGUCUUUAUUGUUCUUUGGGCCAACGAUGACGGAGAAGGUGGUACAUUUGCUUUGUACUCAUUGCUUUGUAGGCAUGCUAAUGUUAGUCUUCUCCCCAAUCAACUGCCAUCAGACAGUCGCAUAUCUAGCUUCAGACUCAAGGUUCCAUCCCCAGAACUUGAGAGGUCUUUAAAAAUAAAAGAAAGACUUGAGUCUUCACUUACAUUGAAAAGGCUUCUUCUGAUGUUGGUUCUUGCUGGCACCUCCAUGGUGAUAGCUGUCGGUGUAGUAACUCCUGCUAUGUCAGUGAUGUCUGCCAUGGGUGGUUUAAAAGUUGGAGUUGCUGCAAUUCAGCAAGAUGAAGUGAAGAUAAUUUCAGUGGCAUUUCUUGUAAUUUUGUUCAGUUUACAGAAGUAUGGCACAAGUAAAAUGGGGAUUGUAGUUGGUCCGGCCUUAUUUAUUUGGUUUUGUUCUCUUGGGGGCAUUGGCCUUUAUAACCUUACGAAGUAUGAUAACCGUGUAUGGAGAGCAUUUAAUCCAGUUCACAUCUACUACUAUUUCAAGCGUGAUUCUACUAAGGCCUGGCGUGCACUUGGCGGCUGUCUUUUGUGUGCAACAGGUUCUGAAGCAAUGUUUGCAGAUCUUUGCUACUUUUCUGUGCGAUCGAUUCAGCUUACUUUUUUGCUUCUUGUUCUGCCAUGCCUUCUGCUGGGUUACCUUGGUCAAGCUGCUUACCUGAUGGAGUAUCAUGCUGAUCCAACAGAAGCUUUUUUUUCUUCUUUGCCAAGUGGAGCUUUUUGGCCGGUCCUUUUAAUUGCUAAUGUAGCAGCAUUGAUUGCCAGCAGAGCAAUGACAACAGCAACUUUUUCUUGUAUUAAACAAUCAAUAGCUCUAGGAUGCUUCCCUCGCCUUAAAAUUAUUCACACAUCAAGGAUAUUCAUGGGGCAGAUUUAUAUCCCAGUUAUGAACUGGUUUCUGCUGGCAUUGUCGUUGGUGUUGAUUUGCUCUAUCUCAAACAUUUAUGAGAUAGGAAAUGCUUAUGGUAUUGCCGAGCUUGGCGUGAUGAUGAUGAGUACAGCCCUUGUAACUAUUGUUAUGCUUCUCAUCUGGCAGAUAAACAUUCUUAUUGUGCUGAGCUUUGUUUUUAUUUUCUUGGGUUUGGAGUUGGCAUCCUUUUCUUCGGUGUUAUGGUGUGUGGGAGAUGGAAGUUGGAUCAUAUUAGUCUUUGCUGUUGUCUUGUUUCUAAUAAUGUAUAUAUGGAAUUAUGGAAGCAAGCUGAAGUAUGAAACUGAAGUCAAGAAUAAAAUGUCCGUGGAUUUGUUGCGGGAAUUGGGCCCCAACCUAGGAACAACCAGAGCUCCUGGAAUUGGAUUGCUUUACAAUGAACUGGCGAAGGGAAUACCAGCAAUUUUUGGGCAUUUCCUUACCUCCCUUCCGGCUGUACAUUCAAUGAUAAUUUUUGUGUGUAUAAAAUAUGUUCCUGUUCCUGUUGUGUCUCAAAAAGAAAGAUUCUUGUUCCGACGCGUCUGCCUGAAAAGCUACCACAUAUUCCGUUGCAUUGCCCGAUAUGGUUACAAGGAUGCCCGCAAAGAAAAUCACCAGGUUUUUGAGCAGCUGCUGAUUGAGAGUCUUGAGAAGUUCAUUCGUAAAGAAGCUCAGGAAAGGGAACUCGAAAGUGAUGAAGAUGAUGACUCGAAUAAUGAAAACAAGUGCACCUUUUCAAGGGUCCUUGUAGCUCCGAAUGGGAGCAGGUCUACACUAGGUAUUCCUCUCUUGGCUGAUAUCACCGGGAAAACAGGUGUUAAAGAAAGCACCUCUUAUGGGCACGAGCCGGGGCCUUCAGAUAACUCAAACUUGUCUGAAGCAGAGCAGAGUCUCGAGACGGAGCUGUCUUUUCUACACAAGGCCAAAGAAUCUGGUGUUGUUUACCUUCUGGGUCAUGGAAAUAUCAGGGCAAGGAAGGAUUCUUGGUUCAUUAAGAAGCUCAUCAUAAAUUAUUUCUACGCCUUCCUGAGAAAAAACAGCAGGAGGGGAAUCACAAAUCUGAGCGUGCCACAUUCGCACUUAAUGCAGGUUGGUAUGACUUACAUGGUGUGAAAAUUUCACCGCUUCAAUGCAGUCAAAGCAGCAGGGCGUCUCUAAUGGCACUUCCUAUCCCAACACAAAUCACAUUCAUACCAAAUCCUUCUCAUUCUGAAGCAAGAUUUUGGAGCUCCCCGUCGUCUCCCACCAGGGAGGUUUUUGAUUUCCUUUCUUACUUGGGUUUCAUGGAUUCACAAGACUCUGAGGUUGUAGGUUAAAGAUGUUUCAAUCCUCCAAGCUGAUCAUCAUCAUGCUUGCAAAUUCUUUUGUUUAUCUUUCUUUUUUCCUCAUACAUUUUGUUGUUACUCAGUAUAUAACCUCUUGUAGAAUGUUGGGAUCUGUUAUAUGAAAUACUUAACAGUGUGUAAACGUGUAAAAAUGCAUUACACUCUUACUUUCA